UAAAAUAAAGGAUAUAUUCCAAUAUUUCUCCUAUAAAUUUUUUUAUCGAUUUUUUUUAAUACUUUGUAAUUGAUUGACAACUUCCGUCAACAUCGGAAGAAAACACAGAAGAUGGAGGCCGGAGGGGCAGUGCAGUGAGAAGAUUCUGCCUUACUUAACAUUAAGUCAUUCUUAGGAGAACUUCUUAGUAGAUAAUAAGCAGGCUGACUCUUUAUAAAUUGGGAAGAGGAAGGAGUCGGAACUGAACAUUCUGGAGGGAGUGGCUUGUGCUGAGUUUUAUUUUUUAAGGAAACUUCCAUUCAACAUGUUCAACAACAGAAAAUCUGUGAAUUAACCCACUGUAGAGUGCCAAAAUAUGUUGCAACAGAAUAGUUGCAGAUUUAUCUAAUAGAUCUGCCUGUGAUGACCAUGAUUGGAACUAUAUCUUGUUUAGUAAAUGGACUUAAAUAAUGAUCAACUCCAAAAAGUACCAAAAACUGUUUCAACAGAAUUGCUACAGUAUAGAUGCCUGUGAUGAUCAUGAUCGAGACUAAUAUAUUUUUGAUGAAGUGUUAAAGUGUAUACACAGACACAAACAUGGGCAUAGUUAAUUUGUUUUGUAUUAUAUAAUGUCCAUUAUGGGUUGAUUUCAUUGUCAUGUCAUAUAUUAUGAUUAUAAUUUAAAUAAUUUAUCUCCAAGGAAUUUGUCUUUUCUCAGAAUGAUAAGUUGUCGCAAUAUUGCAGAGUUUCAGACAGUUUCAGCAAUUUGAAUGUUUCAGAUGGAACUCAGCAAUUUUAAUUGAUGUUUCAGACUGUCUCAGCAACUUGUCUGAAUGUUUCAGUAAUUAACAAAUGUUUCAGCAAUGCUCAAGGUGUUUCAGCAUAUGUACUGAAACAUGUUCAGCAUUGAUUCAGCAAGAAACAUUUCAGUAAGCAAUGUUUCAGUAAGUAAGAAAUGUUUCAGCAAUGCUCAAGGUGUUUCAGCAUAUAUGCUGAAACAUGUUCAGCAUUGAUUCAGCAAGAAAAAUUUCAGUAAGCAAUGUUUCAGAUUUGUUUCAGAUAUCUUUCAGCAAAUUUUCAGCAAAAUAUUUUCAUGAGGGUCCAGGAAUCAGAAUGGGCUUUGAAUUUAAGUGCUCUUUUAAAGGGGAAAGUGCUAGACGUUUAUGCUCUUAUGCCCAAAGAAGACACUCUCGAUUACAAUGUACUUAAGACCGCUUUACUUCGACGAUUCGAAUUGACUGACGAUGGUUUCAAGAAAAAGUUUAGAUCAUGUAGACCUGACACUUACGAAACAUUUUCUCAAUUUGCGGCUCGACUUAGUAGUUAUUUCGAUCGUUGGAUAGAAAUGGCAAAAGCGCCAAAAACGUACCAUGGUUUAUACAAUCUAAUGUUACGAGAUCAGUUUAUUCAUGUUUGUAGCCAGGACUUAAAAUUGUUUUUAAAAGAACGCAUUCCAAAGAGUCUUAACAAUGUGGCUGAACUAGCUGAUCAGUACAAAGAUGCGAGAGAUAUCAGCGUAGUGCAGGCUACCGGUAAGAGUAAAUGUAUUCUAAAGAAACCCGAAGCGAAUUCAAAGUCGGAUAAAACGGAAUCUAAAGACAAAAAAGUCAGGUUUGUUCCCAAAAAUGAACGGAAAUGUUACAAAUGUCAGAAAGUAGGCCAUAUUGCUUCUGAAUGUAGAUCAAAAUAUGUGGUGAAUAGUGUAGCUAAACACAGUUCAGAUGAAGUACAACCAACAUGUUUUGUAAGUACAAUUCCAAAGGAUUCUGUGGUAGAUUCAAAGGUAAGUAUACCGUCUACUACUCUGACGUCAGCAUGUCACAAAACUGUAAAUUCUACCAUGCCAAUAUCUGCAGGCUAUGUGGAUGGAACACCAGUGACUGUAUUAAGAGAUACUGGCUGCAAUGGUAUUGUUGUCAGAAAAGGUACAGUGUCAGAAAAGAGUUUCAUAGCUGGGAUGGAACAAACAUGUAUACUAGCUGAUGGCUCAACUAUCACAGUUCCUGUAGCAGAGGUGUGCAUUGACACUCCCUACCUUAAGGGAUUACAUGAAGUACGGUGCAUGGAGAACCCAGUUUAUGAUCUUAUUGUUGGUAAUGUACCCGACGCAAGACCUCCAGAUAAGAUAGAUCCUAAUUGGCAGGUAAGUGCUGUAGAAACAAGGCAGCAAAAGAAAAACAAAGACAAACCUUACCGGGCGGCCUGCUCUGAAAGUUCCCAAAAGUAUUUCGGAUACAGUAGAUCCACAAGCUAUGAAGUUGGCACAGGAUGAGGAUCCUACGUUAUUGCGAUUACGUGAGUAUGCUGUACAAAACACAGUUCAUGUGAAAAAGAAUUGAAAAGUAAUUUGGCACAAGAAACAUGGUCUAUUGUUUCGAGACUUUUCCAUGAGUGAUGGUAAAGUAACUUCACAGUUAGUUGUACCACAGAAGUUCCGUGAGGAUGUCAUGAGAAUAGCACACGACUCCUUGUUGGCAGGUCACUUAGGAAUUCAGCGUACAGUGACAAAAGUAGCAUCUGAAUUCCUUUGGCCAGGUGUGCAGAGCGAUGUCAGACGCUACUGUCAAUCUUGUGAUAUAUGCCAGCGAACGUUGCAGAAAGGCAAAGUGAAUAAGGUUCCUCUUGAACGGAUGCCACUCAUAGAUGAACCAUUUCAACGAGUUGCCGUGGACUUGGUGGGACCAUUGUAUCCAAUAACGGACAGAGGUAACAGAUAUAUUUUAAUUUUGGUUGACUAUGCAACAAGGUAUCCAGAGGCAAUAGCUCUACCCAGCAUAGAGACGGAAAGAGUAGCGGAAGCCUUGAUGGACAUAUUUUCACGCAUUGGUGUACCGAGGAAGAUGUUAACAGAUAUGGGCUCCCAAUUCACAUCCUCCCUGAUGACCGAGGUAAGUCGACUCGUAUCUCUUAUACAAUAGACAACAACACCCUACCAUCCCAGUUGUAACGGGCUAGUCGAACGCUUUAACAGUACGUUGAAAAUGAUUUUAAAGCGCCUCUGCUCAGAAAAACCUAAAGACUGGGAUAAGUACUUAAGUGCAGUGUUGUUUGCAUAUAGAGAGGUACCACAGGAGAGUCUUGGUUAUUCACCAUUUGAACUUGUAUACGGUAGAGUUGUUAGAGGCCCUAUUUCGAUUCUCAAAGAGUUGUAGACCAAAGAGAUUACAGAUCCGAACGUAAAAACAACAUAUCAGUAUACUUUAGAUCUCAAAGACAGACUCGAAACAAUGGCACAGCUUGCAAAGGAGAAUCUGGAAAAGUCAGCGACACGAUAUAAGAAAUAUCAUGACAGUAAGGCAAGGAUUCGAAGCCUAUAAAGGUAGGUGACAAAGCGUUAGUAUUAUUACCAACAGAUAACAACAAAUUAUUGUUGCAGUGGAAGGGACCAUUUGAUGUCACAAAGAAGGUGAAUAGAGUUGACUAUCAACUUAAUAUGCAAGGAAAGAUGAAAACUUUCCACAUUAAUUUGCUGAAGAAAUAUAUGGAGCGAUCCAACGCUGAAAUUUCACCAAUUUCAUCCAAUCACUAGUGUUUUCUGUUUAGUUGGAGCAACGAUUGUUGACUGUGCGGAAGAUGAAACUCAGGAAGGACAGCUAGUUGAGUACCCACAAAUCAGUAGAGAGAAAGUAGAUAUUAAUCCUCAUUUAUCCGCAGAACAGAAAGAACAGCUAACAUGUGUUUUACAGAAAUUUGAGGACGUACUCCAAAGUCAUCCAGGGCUCAUAGAUGUCUUGGAUCACGACAUAAGGAUGGUUAAUGAAAAACCAGUUCAGGUAAGGAACAGACAAAUCCCGUACAAGAUGGAGGACAGCAUCAAUAAAGAGGUAAGUGAAAUGCUUAAAAUGAAUAUCAUUGAACCUUCCGAAUCUCCAUUUUGCUCACCAGUUGUCAUAGUGCCAAAGAAAGACGGUACAAAUCGUUUUUGUGUUGGCUACCGACUACUUAACAGCCAGACCAUAUUCGAUUCCAAACCAAUGCCAGACUCGGACGAAAUGUUUUCUAAACUCUCUGGGCACAAGUUCUUUUCAAAAAUUGAUUUAUCCAAAGGUUAUUGGCAAGUUAAGUUAACGGAAUCCUCCAAACCAAAAACAGCAUUUAAGACGGGAAAGGAAUUGUUUCAAUUCCGGGUCAUGCCAUUUGGGCUGGUUACGGCACCUGCCACAUUCUCUCGUCUUAUGCGCAGGGUUCUUUCUGGUGUGGAACAAACAGAUAAUUUUAUCGACGAUAUCCUAGUGUAUACGAUGACUUUUGAGCAACAUUUAAAAGUUCUCCGAGACGCUGGUUUGACUGCCAAACCAAGCAAAUGUUCAUUUGCGUAUUCAAGUUUGAAUUGUUUGGGCCAUAUAGUUGGUAAUGAGCAGUUGAAACCGGACUCUGAUAAAGUCUUAGUCAUUAAGAAUGCCCCGAGGCCUAGUACCAAAAAGCAGUUGCGGUCGUUUUUAGGUCUUGUCGGUUUUUACCGCAAGUUCGUACCAAACAUUGCCCACAUAGCAUUACCGCUUACAGACCUUACGAGAAAAGGAUGUCCAACUAAGCUUGUUUUGGGAAAAUUGCCACGAAUGAGCUUAUCAAAGUCUGAAGUAAUCUCUCACAUGCUCACCUAUUUUGAAAUUGCCCAAUCUCAAUGAAGUUUUUAUUCUUCAAACAGAUGCAUCAGACAGAGGUCUAGGUGCUGUUCUUUUUCAAUUUGAAGAGGACAGGACACUUCCUGUUGCAUAUGCAAGCAGGAAACUGAAAGAGAGUGAGUGUGCGUAUGCGACAAUUGAGAAAGAGUGCUUAGCAAUUGUAUGGGCAAUCCAUACAUUUCAGAAAUAUUUGUACGGUCAGGACUUUGUGUUAGAAACUGAUCACAGUCCACUCGUAUACCUGAAUAAGUCCAAGGUUGCCAACCCAAGGUUAAUGCGCUGGGCACUUAGCUUACAGCCUUACCGAUUUCGAAUCCAAGCUAUAAAAGGCAAGGACAAUAUCGGUGCCGAUUACCUCAGUCGGUUGUAAAUACGUUUGUACAUUUACUGUGUGCACUUCUUCUGAAGAGCUUUUAACGAUUUUAAUGUGUUGUAAAAGUACUGCGUACUUCUCAAAAUGGGAGGGUAUUUGUCACAUUAAAAUCUAUUUGCAUGUUCAUUUUAAUUCAGUUUUGUUUUGUCAAAUCAAACGUGGCUUUAUCCUGCUUGGGACCUCUUUUAAAUUGUAAAUACCCCUUUAUUAAACCUCAAUCUAUUGGAGCAUAAAAACCGCCAGUCCGUGCUCUCAGUAGGAACUGAGCUGUCCAGCGAGAAGGACGCAUUGAUAGAGCACACUUCAACCAGAAUGUUGCCAUCAACUAUAGAAUAACUUAAUUGUAGACACUUUGGCAUUGUUGUAAAUGUUGCCCGUGUUCGGCUUGUUCUGAGGUGAGUUUUAUGUAACGACUUUUAUAGAGUAUUUUCUUUGUUUAAAGGUCCUAAAGCUUCCAAGUAUCUUUAUUCAUACUUAAAGUUUGUGUUUUGUGCUUGUUUCAAUACCAGUUUCCUUUUUCAAAAACGUGUUCACUAUAUAGUCCUGUUUGUAAAGUUACGGCGUGUAGUACUGGCCAUAAUUGUUUCGCUGUAAGAAACAUUGUGUAACUCAUAUGCAUAGAAUUGCUAGAGUUUUAGUGUAUCUUGUUAUAAUAUGAAGUAACUUAUAUGUAUAACAGUGUAUGGUAUAUAUAUCCAUGGAUAAUGUAAAGUAAGGUUUCAACCUGAAAACCUGUGUGUAUGUGUACGUUUAUAUAGUAUGACUUUAUUGUCGUAGGUGCUACCUUGUAGUGUGUACCAAGUACACGAGUACCAAGUAACCACAGUAUCGAAACCAAACACUGGGGAGCAUCGACAUGUGUGAUAUCCACGUAUGACAGCAGUCAUCAGUGUAGUGGAUCCGUGUUUAAGCCAGAAACACUUUGAGGAACUUUACGCUCAACGCCAUAAAACCGGAAACCAGAAACUUAAAUAUUUGUAUACCAAAUAAAUAUGUAAAUU